AUGACGAAGGCUGAAGAACUUCAGAUACAAAUUCUAAGCGCCUAUCAAAGGAUGCUGGGAGAUGAACAUCCUAUAACACAGAAUAGUAUGUUAAAUCUAGCUUCAACGUACAGAAGCCAGGAAUUACUGAAGAAGGCUGGAGAAUUUGGACCUAAGGUCCUUGGGCAAAGGGAGAAAACGUUCCACUAUGCCACAUAUUGUAUCAACAUAUUUUGCCCAGAGUUACUGGAAGCGGGCAGAAACCCUCGGGAUUAA